UGCAAAAUGGAGAACCAUCGAACGGUGAAAAUAGAUAAAAUAUCAUUUGCCAAGGAACAUUCAUUCAAGGUUUUAAAUAAGCUGCAUUUAUUACAGAAAGAGAAUUCCAUGUGUGACGCAACUUUGUCAGUCGGAGGCAAAAAAUUUCCUGUUCAUCGGAACGUUUUGUCUGCCUCAAGUGCCUACUUCCAAGUUAUGUUCACGAGCGGAAUGGCAGAAAGCUUUGCAGAUCAUGUCGAAAUUCACGGUAUUCAAGCUGAUAUCUUUGGUGUCAUCCUAGAAUUUAUCUACACUGGCAAAGUGGAGGUCAGUGAGGAUAAUGUCCAACAGCUUUUACCGGCAUCAAAGAUGUUACAAAUCGAAGACAUCGAAAUCAUUUGUUGCGAUUUUUUGAAACGUGAACUCGACUCGUCGAAUUGCGUCGGGAUUUAUACGUUUUCAGACGCGCAUUCGUGUCUCACAUUAUCAAAAUCGGCAUUGGAUUUCAUUCACAGAAACUUUGUCGAAGUUUCCAAACAGGACGAGUUUUUACAACUCACUAAAACUGCUUUGCUACAAAUGUUAGAAUCAGAAGACCUGAAAAUUGAAUCGGAGGAGCAGGUGUUCGAAGCAGCCAUGCGGUGGGUAGUGCAUGACUUAUCUAGAGGAAGAGAAGCUUUGGGAAAUAUUUUGGAACGCAUUAGACUACCUUUGGUUUCCCCUAAAUUCCUUGAACAAUACCUUGUCACGUGUCAGAGUGCAAGUAUUAAAAGAAUGCUGGCAGGAAUUCUUGAUGGGUACCGAAAUUACCAAUCAUUAACUAGAGGCCAACAGCGGGUACACACUCAACCAAGACGGGCCUCUAGAAAAUGCCUUUUUAUCAUUGGAGGUUACAGCCGGCAUGUGGGAGGGCGAUGGAGUGACACAUCUUCUCUUUACACUGUGGAGAAGUUUGACUCCUUUUUACAAACCUGUGACAGCUUCACCACAGUACAGAUGAGCUUUGCACGUAGUAGUCAUGCUGUGGCAUCAAUUGGAGGGCUGAUAUAUGCUAUUGGUGGUGAAAAUGAUUCCUUGAUUUAUGACACUGUGGAAUGCUAUGACCCAGUGUUAAAUUCAUGGUCAGUCAUUGCACCAUUGACUGCACCCAGGGUAGCCUGUGGUGUAUGUGUCGUUGAGGACUUUAUGUUUGUGAUUGGUGGUUGGGUGGGGUCAGAGAUUGCAGAAAAUAUUGAAAGAUAUGACCCAGAUCUUGAUCAGUGGGAAGUUGUUGGUAAGGUGGAAACAAAGAGGUUUCAUCUUGGUGUAGCUGAAAUGGAUGGAUUGAUUUAUGUGGCUGGUGGCUUGAGUGACCUAGGAGAGGAGCUUAAAGUGUGUGAGUGUUACAACCCUGUCAGUGAUUCAUGGAUUAGGCAGCCAGACAUGCGUCACAGAAGGGCAUACCUGGGACUUGCAACAGUAGGUGGCUUCUUGUAUGCCGUGGGUGGCUCCAAUGAAUCAGAAGGAGCCUUGGCUAGUGUUGAAAGGUUUGACCUGGACACAAGCCAAUGGACAGAAGUAACACCUAUGGAGAGCCCCAGGGCUGGACUGUCAGUAGCAGUUAGCAGUGGGUUGCUGUAUGUGUUUGGUGGGCGAACGGCCAGUGAGGAGUAUUCUCCACCUGCCACUUUAACGGCAGUUGAUAUGUAUGAUCCCAAGAAGAAGAAAUGGAAACACGUCACAGACUUGUGUUUUAGCCGGUGUGACUUUGGUAUUGGAAUUGUAUAACUGUGGAGUUGACUUAACAAAGUGGGGAACAUUGUCCACUUGGUUAGUGUCGCUGGAAUUGGAAUUGGAAUUGUUAACCCUGGAUUGGAUUGCUGGCAGGUGGAGGGUAUCAUGAUUUGAUCCCAAGAAGGUGAAAUACAACUCUGGCUCAAGCGUAACAUUAUUUGGAGUUAGUGACUUUGGUUUUGGAAUUUUGGGUUGAUCUGAAGCGCUGCUCAUGAUCUGUUUGACAAUGUCUUGAAGAGAGAUCCAGCCAUAAAGAAUUCUCUUCUGCUAUUUUUUUUUCAAAUGUUGGGUCACAAAUAAACUGCAGUCGUAAAGGAGACUCUGCCUUAAAGGUUCAUCUCACCUUGUUUUGUAAAAUUAUUGUUUGACUGCCUAAUAACAUCCAUCAAGAAGAAUUCACCCAAAAGAAACUGCAUAUUUUUUGUUGUUUAGUUUCAAUUAUUGUAUGAUAGCACCGUGAUGCAGAUUUAAUUUGACUCAAAGAGACCGCGAUGAAAAAAGAUUCAUAAGUUAAAAUUUUACCAUGAUUGCUUUCGGGCUCACUUUAACAAUUCUUUCUUACAGUAACAGGUUUUUUUUUCUAAUUUCUAUAUUUUAAAUCCUAUCUUUUCUUCUUCUAAAAGGAAA